AUGGACGAAUCUCGUAGGUUUGUACCUUCACGACCAGCCCCCACACCUCCAAACACUCCGCGCAGACUCAAUAACUUCAGUUCACUGCAGACGCUGUUGCUGCACAGAACGCUUAACCCUCGCAUAUCAAAAGAGCACCAAAAUGUCAUUAAAGUGAGAUUGCGGGUCGCAUUAGAAGUGGAAUUCCGAGAGAAGAGGCUUCGAGAGGCAGCUGCACGCGGUGAUAUGGAAGCUAUGACUUCCCUGAUAACAACAAAUCCACCACUGGAUCUGAAUAAGCCGGAUGAUAAAGGCAGAACGCCUCUACACUUCGCAUGCGCUAGUGGACACGAGGGUGUGGUGAAGCUGUUGAUUGAACGUGGGGCCAAUGUUAACGCAGAGCCUGAUGUUGCUGGAAAUCGACCUCUACAUUUGGCUGUAAUUGCAAGUAAACUUGAUUGUGUAGUUUUACUGUUGGAAGCAGGCGCUAAGAUAAACACUGAUGACACGUUUACGAAGACACCGUUGGCACUUGCUCGAUCUCGUUUGAACAUAUUAAUGAAGAAUAUGUUGACGUCCCCUGGCUCUAAUAAUGAAAUUGCAACUAUGGAUAUCGAAGAGAUAGCUGAUCAGGAUUCAUUAGCACAACGAGAAGCCUUUCGACAAGUGUUACAUAUAACCAAGAUACUCCGUCACUAUUUGUCAUAUGAGAUAACUUCUCCUAAAGAGACUCAAGCAGCAGACGAAGCAUCCCAAACAAUGGAAGCUCUCGACGUCAUUACAAAUCAAUUGUCACAACUCGCAAUGUCUGAUGAUAAUGGGCAAACUUCUCGCGACCAUCAGGACGGAGUAUUAAAUCAUGUGCAGAAUGUUCUUGACAACAUUAUCAGGAAACAAAACUAA